AGACAUCAACGCUGACCAUUGAUGUUGACACUCUUACAAGUGUAGCUGGCGGUGCAAAUGGGUCACCCGUGACAUACACAUGUGCUGCAGAAUCUAAAGAAUAUUCGGAUUCAGCAACAUCUACUUUCAAAGACAUUGUUGUCAGCUUCCUUACUUUCGGUGUAGAAGCUAAGGGUAGUGAAGUGCUGGCAAGCACAGAAGCUACAAUAUCUUGUGUAGUAGGUGGUUUGACUAAGCAGCUGGAGGCGGUAACAUGGCAGAAACCUAGUUCGGGUGGUGCUAUAACUCACGAUACUGGAGGUUAUCAGAUUGCCGCUGGAAGUUACGAUUCUAGUACAAACAGUCAAACUACAAUUCUGACCGUACCUGCUGGUGAAAACACGGUUGAUGCUGUUUUCACCUGUGUCAUUCAAUCUGAGGAGCAUGGAAAAACAUCAGCGUCUCCACAUACGACUGAUGUAAACUCUAACGUUUUCACCGUCGAUCCAGUUACUCCUAAACAAGCCACCACCGCUGUGGCUCAGACACUGACUUGUAACAUCGGAGAUGUGGCUACAGAUGUCACUGUGUCGUGGAAGGAUAAUGGUGAGAAUGAUAUAGCAACUGGUAGUGGAGGGUACACCAUCGCACAGGGAUCAGCUGACUCUGGUACCAAAAUUCAGACAUCAACGCUGACCAUUGAUGUUGACACUCUUACAAGUGUAGCUGGCGGUGCAAAUGGGUCACCCGUGACAUACACAUGUGCUGCAGAAUCUAAAGAAUAUUCGGAUUCAGCAACAUCUACUUUCAAAGACAUUGUUGUCAGCUUCCUUACUUUCGGUGUAGAAGCUAAGGGUAGUGAAGUGCUGGCAAGCACAGAAGCUACAAUAUCUUGUGUAGUAGGUGGUUUGACUAAGCAGCUGGAGGCGGUAACAUGGCAGAAACCUAGUUCGGGUGGUGCUAUAACUCACGAUACUGGAGGUUAUCAGAUUGCCGCUGGAAGUUACGAUUCUAGUACAAACAGUCAAACUACAAUUCUGACCGUACCUGCUGGUGAAAACACGGUUGAUGCUGUUUUCACCUGUGUCAUUCAAUCUGAGGAGCAUGGAAAAACAUCAGCGUCUCCACAUACGACUGAUGUAAACUCUAACGUUUUCACCGUCGAUCCAGUUACUCCUAAACAAGCCACCACCGCUGUGGCUCAGACACUGACUUGUAACAUCGGAGAUGUGGCUACAGAUGUCACUGUGUCGUGGAAGGAUAAUGGUGAGAAUGAUAUAGCAACUGGUAGUGGAGGGUACACCAUCGCACAGGGAUCAGCUGACUCUGGUACCAAAAUUCAGACAUCAACGCUGACCAUUGAUGUUGACACUCUUACAAGUGUAGCUGGCGGUGCAAAUGGGUCACCCGUGACAUACACAUGUGCUGCAGAAUCUAAAGAAUAUUCGGAUUCAGCAACAUCUACUUUCAAAGACAUUGUUGUCAGCUUCCUUACUUUCGGUGUAGAAGCUAAGGGUAGUGAAGUGCUGGCAAGCACAGAAGCUACAAUAUCUUGUGUAGUAGGUGGUUUGACUAAGCAGCUGGAGGCGGUAACAUGGCAGAAACCUAGUUCGGGUGGUGCUAUAACUCACGAUACUGGAGGUUAUCAGAUUGCCGCUGGAAGUUACGAUUCUAGUACAAACAGUCAAACUACAAUUCUGACCGUACCUGCUGGUGAAAACACGGUUGAUGCUGUUUUCACCUGUGUCAUUCAAUCUGAGGAGCAUGGAAAAACAUCAGCGUCUCCACAUACGACUGAUGUAAACUCUAACGUUUUCACCGUCGAUCCAGUUACUCCUAAACAAGCCACCACCGCUGUGGCUCAGACACUGACUUGUAACAUCGGAGAUGUGGCUACAGAUGUCACUGUGUCGUGGAAGGAUAAUGGUGAGAAUGAUAUAGCAACUGGUAGUGGAGGGUACACCAUCGCACAGGGAUCAGCUGACUCUGGUACCAAAAUUCAGACAUCAACGCUGACCAUUGAUGUUGACACUCUUACAAGUGUAGCUGGCGGUGCAAAUGGGUCACCCGUGACAUACACAUGUGCUGCAGAAUCUAAAGAAUAUUCGGAUUCAGCAACAUCUACUUUCAAAGACAUUGUUGUCAGCUUCCUUACUUUCGGUGUAGAAGCUAAGGGUAGUGAAGUGCUGGCAAGCACAGAAGCUACAAUAUCUUGUGUAGUAGGUGGUUUGACUAAGCAGCUGGAGGCGGUAACAUGGCAGAAACCUAGUUCGGGUGGUGCUAUAACUCACGAUACUGGAGGUUAUCAGAUUGCCGCUGGAAGUUACGAUUCUAGUACAAACAGUCAAACUACAAUUCUGACCGUACCUGCUGGUGAAAACACGGUUGAUGCUGUUUUCACCUGUGUCAUUCAAUCUGAGGAGCAUGGAAAAACAUCAGCGUCUCCACAUACGACUGAUGUAAACUCUAACGUUUUCACGCUAUCUACAAUGGAUACUGUGUACUACAGUCCCACGAGUAUAGCGGUGACAGUGGAAGGACGUUAUGAGCCACAAAUAAUUUGGUUCAUUGGAGGACAGGCGUACAGUUCUCAAGAUAAUCCCCAUUUGACCCCAACAAUUUCAUCGGCAUGGUCUGGGUCCAAAAAGACCUUUAAUCUGGCGUUCGAUAUGAGCGGGUUUGAAAUAUCUAUGUCGCCGUUCACAGUUCGAGGAACAGUGUCUUUCGGAGACGCCACUGAUUCAACCUUCGACACGGUUACAACCAACAUCUACAAGAGAGAGUUUGUUGAGAGCCUUCCAGCCUCAACAACAUUCCGCAACGCUGACAUCCCGAAAGAAUUCUUGUGCUCUGCUUUGGGCGAAGACAAGGGAUUACUUACGUUGUCUUGGAAGAUAGGAAAUGUACUAGUAGAUGAUGAGGUAAAGCACGUGACCCUAACAGAUGAGUCAGACAGCAGCUCCACCACCACCAAGAUCAGCAAGUUGACAAUAACAACCAACAAACCAACUUUCGACGCUCAGUUCAAAUGUAUCGCUACCUGGAGUGGCUUAAAUGGAAAGUCGAUCGAGUCGACGUCUGACGUUAACGCCGUUGGAGUAGCCGUGGAUGAGUACACGUUCAGCACCGGUUCCUCUGGAGACGGAGUAAUAAGUUGUGUGGUGUGGGGUGAUUCACCCCCACACUCUGUCACGUGGUCUAACGAAAGGGGUGAUGCUAUCACCAACCAACCUGAUGAGACAGAAAUCGCAGACAGUAUAACAGAAGGCAUUACUUACACCCACACGCUGACUGUUAAAAAGAUGACGUUUGGGGAUCAAGGAAAGUACACCUGCUCAGUUGUGUUUGUGGAAAACGAAACCCCCGUUAAUGUCGUCACAACUCUUAACAAGCUCUCUGCAAGUUUCGAACCAGCAACACCAUAUUUCGUCCACGAGAAAACUGUCCAGUUCUCAUGCGUGUACAACGGUUUGGAUGACCCGCAGAAGAUCGAAUGGUUCAGGAGUUCAACAGACGAUGCUGAAAACCUAAUCAGCAAUAGUGAUGCUAAGUACACCAUUACCACUGGCAACUUCAAUGAGGCCUCCAGAACGAAGACUAGCGUUAUCACUGUAGAGAAUGUUGAAGUUACUGACAGUGGCGACUACACCUGCAAAUGGACCACCGAAAAUUUCAAUCCUAAGUCAACAAUGGUAGUCUCUGUUCGAUUACUGACCACUCCCUCUACAACGGUAUACAGCACUGACGGUUCAAUAAAGAUCACGUGCAACUACGAGGGUACAACGAGUGGCACCAUGGAGUGGUACUAUAAUAGCCAGAAACUGGAAGAUGCUGCUGAUGAUGCUAUCACCAUCAACCCUGGUUCCCUGCAGAGCAAUGCUCAGCAGUACACUCUGACAAUUACUGACGUUACUCCUCCUGAAAAUGCGGGGUCGUACAGCUGUGUUCUGUCGUUCACAGACGGGGACAGUCUGCGAGCAAGCACGGAGGUUGUGGUGCGAAAAUCAUCAUCAGUCGACAGAGCGGGCACUGCUGAAUCCACCAUAGUUGUAACUGGUGAUGAACUUUCUGCCAGAUGCCUUAUGGAAGGUGAAAAGGUUCCCUCUGGAGUGACAUGGACUAAAGGUGGCGAUAAUAUCGUGUUCGAUGGAUCCACUAAGAUAGAAAACACGAAUACCAAACAACUGGAAAGUAGCGUAAAGUUUUUCAGCAACAUAACUAUAAAAAGCUUCGAUUUUGCUGACGAGGAUAGUUACAUCUGUAGCUUCAUUUUUGGGGACGGUAAUAAUGUGCAAUCAACAAUAGAGGUCGUGUCUGCUAAAAUUACCAACAAUGAAUGUGAGUUUGUGGACAUCCGAACCGAAACCAGCAAGACCCUUACCUGUGCUUACCAUGGUAGUAGUGCUGCCACUGCUGUUUCCUUUACUCUACCAGACGACUCAGUUGUUGCUGGAGUAUUGGCUGAAUUCAGCGCUGGAGGGGAUGCCAGUACGGCAGGUUCCCAAACGGGUAGUUACGCUGUAUCUAGUGUAAGUGAAGCGUCCAGUGGUUCGUACAAGUGUACCUUCACUUUAACAGGAGGGAAGACUGUGGAGUUCAUUCAGAGACUAACUGCAAGGAAGGCUGUCAUCGAAUCAUCAGCUGGUCUAAAUGCAAAUCUCAUCGUCCAGUCUUCUAUAACUCUGACUUGUACUGUUGCCUCUGGUGCACGGUCCUUGGACUGGUACAAGGGAGCGGUCAAGCUGAUCGAGGAGCAAGAUUACGAACGAAUAAAAGUGUCAGAAUCAGACGACUUGGUUUCCAAAAUAACUUUUGACAUCGCUGACGACAGCGCAGGGUCAUACACGUGUCGUGCGGUGCAAUACGACGACUUCUGCCCUACCGAGGAAACUUUUGACUCGGAACCGGUUGCCGUGUCAAUCAUAGCGGCAGCUCCGAUAACAAACCCUGCUAGUGCCACCGCUUAUGGUGGUGCAAGCCAUGUGUUUGAAUGCGUGUUCCCUAAUCCAUUCGGAGCUGAUUACAACGAAAUCACGUGGUCUUUCAAAAGUGCUGGGGAUUCUGUUGCUAGGCCGAUGAUAGGAAAUGGAGAUGUGUACAAUGACCAAAAUGAGAGAGUAAUCGAUGGAACAAAGGCAUCCGACAGCUCGGUUGCAAAUGAAAUCUCAACCACCCUCACCAUCGGAAGUGUAAACUCGGACGCAGCAGGAGAGUAUAUCUGUUCCAUAAAAUGGGGAACAAUAUCCAUAAAGUCCGCAGCCGCCACACUAACAGUACGAGAAAUCUCUUCUCCACCCGAAACAACCAACGUGGCCAAGGGAGGAGAGGCUAAGUUCACUUGUAAAACUUCCGGUGACAGCGCAGCGUUAAUCACCUUCCACAAGACAAUAAGUGAUGAGUCAGUUGGUACAGUUGUUGUGACUGAAGCUACAUCUGGUGACAUUGUGACUACCACUGGAAUAUUGACCAUUGCUGGUGUCACCGCUGCAGAGCACGGUAUUGAGUAUUAUUGCAAAGCAGCUUGGGGUGAAAACGGAGUGGAAUCAGGUAACGUGUUCUUAUCUGUUUUGGAUAUAACGAGCUCAACAGAAACUGUGUGGGGCCUCGCUGGUAACGUAGCGGAGUUUAAAUGUUAUUCAGAUGCUUUGCUCAAAGCAAACGCGAACGGCGAUCCGUAUUUGGUCAACAAGCAGAAGACAUACACCGAUGCUCAAAUAAGUUGGGAGUUUUUCGACACUUCAGACACAUCUUGGAAAUCAACUGCUUCAAAUUCUCGAUUCGUGGUUAAGACAACGAUGAGAAGCGAUGAUGGAGUAAGUUUGUCUCCUAUGUCUCUCAAUAACCUGGAGGAAGGUGAUAACGAUCUGAAAGUAAGAUGUAACAUCGCCUACCAAACAGAUGCAGCCAACAACUUCUACGGAGGUACAGUCACUUCAGGAGAAUUGACCAUGAAGAUCGCUUCCAUCACAUCCUUCACUUCCUCUAAAUCCGACCCACUGGUUGGAGAAACCAUCACUCUAACCUGUACUGCAACCGGAGAAACUGCUCCUACUUUCUCUUUCACAACCCGCGGGAAGAACAAUUUCGACACUACCUUCUUUAAGUUGGUGAAGGCUGCAACUGUUACUUCAGUCGAUUCAGUACACACUGCGGAAUACACUACAGAGACUCUCAGGGUUAACGCGAUGAGAAAUGGACAAGUUGUCAACUGUCUGGCUGACUACGGAUCAGCUCAGAAAACGGAGAAAGAAUUGACAGUCACAACAUAUUUCAAUUGUGCUGAUGUCACAUGGAAAUCAUUAAAUCCAGAUGGAAAUGGAGCGACAAUAGCACAGGAAGAUCUUGGUGAUGGUUCUCUGAAGCAGACUAUAACCUGCCCUGUUAACUCAGACCAAGCUAGAUUUGAAUUAGUUACCCCGUCCGGCUCGGCUGCAGCAAUAACUUGCACCAAGGAGACUGGAAAGUAUGACAACUCCCUUGCCCGGUGCAAAGAAACAAACCCAUUGUCCACUGGCACGGGAAUACAGAAGAUGGGUGUUGCAAACAGCGCAGAGCAGCCAGCGCCUUGCACUGCUGAAGCAACUGGUGAAUAUUCGAUUGCAAGUAUGAAAGAAAAACUGAACUCACCGGACGAUAGUGCUUGUGGUUUUAGACAUCAAGUUACGUGUUUGGGUGACGGAACGUGUACUCUGGAUACAGACAAAACAGAUUGUCGUUACGAGGACGGCAAGGUGAUUUUAGAGUACUUUGUUAACUUGACACCUGGUGUUUGGACUCCCGCUGAGAGAGAUCCUCUCAUAGCAAUUAAAGGCAAAAUUCAGUUCUGGAGCUGUUCAAACGAUUAUAAUAAAAGACGAAGACGAGGUGUUGAUGAUCCCGACUACGACUUUGAGCAAAGUAAUGAUAAUUCAUCCAUAUCUACAGAUGAUUCUGAGUCAGUCCACCACCUAGCAGCUACAACCGUUGGGGUGGCGACCGUGGUAGCUAUCACUGCUCUACUUUCCUUCCUUGUAGUCAGAUUAAGAAAACGAAGGUCAGAAGAUGUUUCUACACCCUAGAAAAAUCACAAAAUUUGUAAAGUAUACCCGUGACGGUUACUAAGUAACUUUGAGAAAGAAGUCUUCGCUCUCUGAUUUUUAUAAAUGACUGCUUGAAGCAAAAGAAACUUUUUGUCGACUAUCUGAGAUGUCUAUGAUUUGAUUUCUACAAGACUGUAUGCUUGUAAAUUACUUUUUUCACUUUGUUAGGUUCUUGUUCUGAAAUAAGUAUUAGAAUUCUAUUAAUUAAUCUUACAUUUCUCAAGAAAUUAGAUAAUAAUCCAUAUUCUGAUCAUAUCUGAUCAGAAAUCAGAACUCAUUGUUUUUGAUCAAUUAUAAAUAUCACUGAUCGUUUAUAUAUAUUUAUAUCGUAAUUAGAUUGAUUUUACGUUUAUAUACUUUGCAGAUUGUUUUCAGAUUUAUAUGAUUGUAAAGCUGAACUAGAAUUUGUAUAAUUAUAUAGGUUGGUGGUAUAGCUGAUAGCUGUUAUGAAGCUUUGUCAUGUUCAUUGUUCGAAAUAAACCUCAGAGAGUUGAGAUUUAAUUUUAUGCUGAUAUUACUGAUAAAGAGAGUCUUGAAUUGGCUGCUGCAUAAACUGAUAAAGUGCUGAUCAGGACCUGAGAUUACAAUAUUUUAAAUUUAUGAUUAUAUCUUAUGCCCUGGAGUGUGUUUUUUGUACUAAUUUACCAACACUGCAAUAACUUUCUGUUUCCAA